AUGUCUCAACUCAGGGAUACCGAUGCCAAUAUCGAUACUCAUGUUGCUAGCAAUGUCGAUACCGAUACCGAUACCGAUGAACCCGAUCCGUUCGACUAUCCUGAAGUUGUCAAAGCCAUUGAACGAUGUAUCGAACCUGAUAGUGAUUUUUCUAUUAUGCAGGCUGCUAGGAUAACCGAUGAGAUACUGCUCGACAAAGACGAAGAGCCAAAACUUAGGAACGGGACAUCCUUUCUGCUGGCUGAACAUAUCUUGACAAUAGCUAAGAAGAUUCCUUAUAACCAUCCCUCCCAAAUAAAGCUAGUAUUAUAUGUGCAGUGUAUGAUGCAAUCACAGAAGCUGGGAGGCUAUGUUGCUGAGAAUACUUCCGAUAGUGGAGAGAGUUACGUGAAUCAUUUCCGGGAUAAUUGGGAAACUUUCUGGUGGACUAUCCGUGAAUGGUUUCCGGGCGACGCUUGCAGUGAUGAUGAAGAUGUAAACUUCUCGGCGUUUUGCGCUCGUCUCUACGGGAUGAAUGUCGAUGGAUGGGGUACCGAUCCAACAUACUUCAUAUACGCUCUAGACUACCUAGAGUGCGACAUGAGAAUUCAAGGAGGUGGCACCGAAAGGGCAAUUCGCUCAGCAGCCUUGUGGGUUCUGUACUCAGGGCAGCUCGGGUUUGACGCGGUGGUCAAAUGGCCCAGAAAGUUUUCUGAUAGAGAAGCCCACGAAAUCGCCCGUAGACGCCACCAGCAGCCAUCUAUUUACGAUGGACCAAUCUAUGGAAUACAACGAUGGGAGUUUUGGCGGAGACGUUUGCUGGAGGAAUCGGUGAAUACGGGUAUGGACGAAGAAACUAAGCGGCUUGCGCGCAUGGCUGCCGAUAUGAUGGCUGCGUAUGCACGGAACAGCGUGUGA